AUGGCCGACAGCAAACGAAACACGAUUCGAUACGAACUCCCCGGAGACGAGUCCCCGUAUCUACACCCCACCGCUCCUAUACCACCAUAUCAGAGCUUGAGAAAUGCCAGUAGUACCGGCGAUCUUGCGCAAAAUGCAGAAACACCUGCAGAACUUCCCCCAUAUUCAUUAUCCAACCUCAAUGGCAGUGAUGUCAAAGUUCAAGACGACGCACGUAUAGAGAUUGAUUGCAACUCAAAGCUCGUGCGUACCCUCAGCCGUAUUUACCAUACUACACCCGAGAAAUUCGAACCGGCGCCAGUAUACACAGAAUUUGACCAAACAAAUAAAGCAUGGGUCACAAGACUCAACAUCGUCAUCCAAGUUGUUGGCAGCCGAGGAGACGCACAGCCCUUCAUCGCUCUCGGCAACGAGCUCCAACGCCACGGCCAUCGCGUGCGAUUAGCCACCCACGAUGUCUUCGAGAGUUUCGUCAGAAGGUCCGGCCUGGAGUUCUACCCCAUUGGCGGCGAUCCAGCAGAGCUUAUGGCGUACAUGGUCAAAAACCCAGGUCUCAUUCCGAGCAUGAAGACCUUAGCUGCUGGAGAGAUCCAGAAAAAGCGGGAUAUGAUGCAGGUUAUGCUACAUGGAUUCUGGGACUCUUGCAUACAACCUGACCAUGCCAACGGCUCACCAUUUGUAGCGGACGCCAUCAUUGCGAACCCGCCCAGUUUUGCGCACAUCCACUGUGCCCAAGCGUUAGGUGUGCCGGUGCACCUCAUGUUUACCAUGCCGUGGAGUAGCACCAGGGCUUUUCCUCAUCCGCUCGCUAAUUUGAAGAAUGUUGGGAGUGACCCAAGACUGGAGAACUAUAUUUCUUAUAGUGUGGUGGAGUGGAUGACUUGGCAAGGGCUCGGUGAUAUCAUUAAUAAAUGGCGAAGAUCUAUUGAUCUGGAGGAAGUGGCUAUGUUUGACGCACCGAUGCUGGCGCAGACGCUAAAGAUUCCCUUCACUUACUGCUGGUCACCAGCUUUGGUACCGAAGCCUAUCGACUGGGCGCCACACAUAGAUGUUUGCGGCUUCUUCUUCCGCGAGCCUCCUCAAUACUCCCCACCAAACGACCUUGCUCAAUUCCUCCAGGCCGGUCCCCCUCCAGUCUACAUCGGAUUCGGUAGUAUCGUCCUAGAUAACCCGGACAAGAUAAUUAGUAUCAUCCUGGAAUCUGUCCGUCUUACUGGCGUUCGGGCCAUCAUUUCCAAAGGUUGGUCUGAACUUGCUGGGUCGGAUGACGAAAACAUCUACUGGAUCGGUGACUGCCCUCACGAGUGGCUUUUCCAGCAUGUUGCAGCUGUGAUCCAUCAUGGAGGUGCGGGAACGACAGCUUGCGGACUGCGUAAUGGAAAGCCUACGACUAUUAUUCCCUUCUUCGGCGACCAGCCCUUCUGGGGUCAGAUGGUAGCCAACGCAGGCGCAGGUCCCCAUCCGAUACCCCAUGCACGAUUGAACGUGAUGAAUCUGUCCGAAGCCAUAGGUUACUGUCUAUCCCAAAAGGCUUCAGAUGCAGCCAGAGCUAUAGCCGACAGGAUGGCAGGAGAAACAGGUGUCCGUGCUGCAGUACAGUCAUUUCACAAACAGCUCCCUCUCGAGCGAAUGCUAUGCGAUUUACUUCCCAGUGAACCUGCUGUAUGGUUGUAUACGAAGUCAAAACGUCCCAUAAAGCUAUCUCGGACCGCUGCUGAGAUCCUGCUCUCUACCAAAACCAUCGACGCCAAACACCUGAAGCCAUAUCAGAGCAAUACUAUCUCUACCGAAACCACCCGAUGGGACCCAAUCUCUGGAGGAUCCUCGGCAGUCAUGGCAACAGCAACCGGAAUGGCCGGUGACAUCACGGGAAUUUUCACUAAGCCAGUCGAAGAGUACAGAGAUGAUCGGAAACGCCAUGCUGACGACUCGAGGAGGUCUCAGGCACAAGGACAUGCCCAUGACGGUGAUCACCUCAGUGUAGACCGACUUUCGAACGACUCAGGACGACCAAGAAGUGCCCACUCUGGACACUCUGGCAACCUCGCAGGACGAAUGGCCACCGCAUCAGCCAAAAGCGCAGGACGGAUCGGGUCAACAGCCACGAAAGGCAUGUUGGUCGACAUCCCUCUUGCCAUAACAGAAGGACUGAAAUCCGUUCCCCAACUCUACGGCGAUAAGGCCCGUGACCAUGGACCAGUCACCGAUGCUAAGAGCGGCAUGAUAGUAGGCGGUAAGAGUCUCGCAUGGGGUUUCAUCGAAGGUAUCGGUGACUUGGCGAUUCAACCAUACAAAGGUGCAAAGAAAGAAGGUGCUUUAGGAGCUGUCAAGGGAUUUGGAAAGGGUACAGUCAAAAUUCACUCUAAAAUGACUCUUCUUGACAUUGUUAUCUCUAUCCUUCCGAGCGUACCUUUCCUUCCUCUCGCUGCACCGAGCAAGGAUAGCACGGACGGAAACCAGCAGACGCAACCUGGAGCUUUCAACCGGUUCCUUGGUUCGUCGCCCCAAUCUAAGAAGACCGACAAGAAAGAUCCAUCUGGCCAAACAGAUCCCGAAAGCUAA